AUGGCUCUGAUAUUGAAGAAAUCAUGGGAAGCGUAUCAAUUACUGUUUGAAGAAUUGCCUGAUCCCCGGAUGAAGAACCUACCAUUGUUGGCGAAACCCUAUGAAGUGAUAACAUUACUGACCCUCUACUUAAUGUUUGUGUUAAAAUGGGGACCGAAAUGGAUGGAAAAGAGGCCUCCGUUCAAUAUUGACAAAGUUCUGAUUAUUUAUAACUUGUUACAAGUAUUGGCCUGCUCUUAUCUAUUUGUCGCAUCUGCCUACGUCUGGGGUUGGAAGUACAAAUGGAUAUGCGAGCCAGUGGACUUCUCUUACAACGAUGAUGCAAUUUUUGUAACAAGAUUGACUUAUUUGUAUUUUAUUCUCAAAUUACUAGAUCUAAUGGAUACCGUGUUCUUCGUUCUGAGGAAGAAAUUCAAUCAAGUAUCUUUCCUUCACCUGUAUCAUCAUACAGGAAUGGUGCUUCUCGUUUGGGGAGCUAAUACCUAUAUUCCUGGUGGUCACGGUACGUUUAUUGGGGUAAUAAAUUCCUUCGUCCAUAGUGUCAUGUAUUUCUAUUAUUUCCUGACAGUGGUCAAUCCGAGUUAUAAGCAAUCAAUUUGGUGGAAAAAGCAUAUCACGCAACUUCAAAUCCUUCAAUUCUUCUGGUGUGUUGUUCAUAUGGGCAUCAUUGUGUUUAAGCCAGACUGCGAAUAUCCGAGAUGGACCAGUGCAGUUUUUCUACCUCAAGACUUGUUCAUGCUAGUUCUCUUUGUAGACUUCUAUAUCAAAACGUACAUUAAGAAACCAAAAGCUAAACUUGAAGAUAAAAACGACUCGAACAGUAAAUAUGUUGCAAAUGGUAGCACCAUAGCUGAGACGGCAAUUGAUAGCAACAGUAUAGAAGAUAGUAAAAAGGUUCUAAUCAAUAAUGAAAAUAGCAUUAGUUAUACCUUAGAAGAUAAAUGUGAAUUUGAACAAUUGAGCAAUGCUAUUUUGAAAGUAAGAAAAUUAGGUGCGCUGAACAAACCUAACAAUGAUAAAAAAAUGAAGGAGGAUAAGUUUAAAAAUGGGAAUCACAAAUAA